GUUUGCUGGCAUUAGCCGAUUAGCGGGACUGCUGAAGCCGAUCUCUAAUCUUGUUUGACGAAUUUUAAUUAAUUAGAAUCAACACUUUUAUUGUCGGACUGCAGAAAUGAGUCUAUCUCUCAGGACUGAGCUGACUGCUGAUAAGAGUAAAAGGAAGAAAAGGAGAGAACUCACUGACGAGCAGAAGGAUGAAAUCAAGGAGGCCUUCGAGCUUUUCGACACAGACAAGGAUAAAGAAAUAGAUUAUCAUGAAUUAAAGGUGGCGAUGAGAGCUUUGGGUUUUGAGGUGAAGAAAGUAGACGUGUUGAAGAUCCUAAAAGACUACGACAGAGAAGGAACUGGCAAAAUAAGCUUUGAAGAUUUCAGAGAAGUGGUGACAGACAUGAUAUUGGAACGAGACCCAAAAGAGGAAAUCCUGAAGGCGUUUAAACUCUUCGAUGAUGAUGAAACGGGGAAGAUCAGCCUGAGGAACCUGCGUCGAGUCGCUCGUGAACUGGGGGAAGACAUGAGCGAUGAAGACCUGCGAGCCAUGAUUGAUGAGUUCGACACUGAUGGAGACGGAGAGAUAAAUCAAGAUGAGUUUAUUUCCAUCAUGACCGGAGACUCCUGAGCCGCUGCGACCCUAGCACACACACUGAUCUCAUUCACCAACAGUAAAACAGCAUUUCAGAUCAUUUCAGGAACGGUAGGUGCUAAAAUCUGGACUGAUGCUUGAAGUGAACUGGACGUGAAGGACGAAAAACAUUUCAGGUCAUGAUUCAGUUGGUUAGAUUGUGUUUUUUUAUUGUGAAACUUUGUAUUUUAUCAUUGCAAAUGUGUCGCUUUGUCUUUAAUAUGAACGGUUUGUAUUGUAGUUGUUCAUGUUGCAUUUGAAAAGCAUUCCAAAGCACUAUUUAUUGUAAAUAUACAGUAAAAAAA